AUGUGGCUCGAUAACGACAACGUGCCCGAGCCGGAGUCUUUCUACGUGAGGCUCAUCGUUUUCACGGCUCGGUCGGGUUGCAAAGGGCCCAUCUCAUUCUCGGAAGUCUACUGCGGGGAUUGCGACAGGGGUGGGAUCCGGUCCGCAAAGGCUGGUUCGGAUAUCCGAAUUUGA